AAGAGCAUUUUCCGAAAUGGCAGUGGCAGCUAGUCUUCUAGUGGAAACUGUUGAUUCUCGGGAAGUGUAGUGGCGCUCCUGUGGUUGCAGAGAACGACACGCAAGGAGCAAGUGAUCGACCAAGGAAGGAAGUGAUGGAAACAAUAACAGUUCCCGUCAGUCUCGUGACAGCUUCUGGUGGCGUAAGGCCGUGCCUAUUAUCCUUUCUGAAGCUGAAUGACUUUGGAAACUAACCAAACCACGUGUGGAACCACGUGUGGAUACACUACAAGUGCGUGCAUGCCAGAAUGCGUAACAUACGCCACCGAUAAAUAAACGACUGCCAACAGUAAAGCAAACAUUUUGAGAUAAAAAGAUGCAGUUUGGCACAAGUAGUUCCCCGUGACUUACGUCAGUCGCAGACUGGUGGUAAGGAAAAGUGAAAUAACCCUGUGCACCGCACCCACAGUCCCUCUGUUACCGAACUGGGCACAAGUUUGAAGUCACGGUCGGGCAACCCGCCGCCCGGUGAUCGUUGAUGCUCAAGUGCUGAUUUACAGGAUUUGCAAUUUGCAGCGCACAAACGCUUCUCCGGUUAAAUUAGCCAAGCAGCGUUAACAACCGGCAUCGGCAUCGACGGCGAUGGAGCUGCUCGUGUCGCCGGAUGCGGCGCGUAAUAUAGCGGCCGGAGUGUUGGACCGGGUGAACCACCAGGUCAACGCCAACGUGCUCGACGGUGGAAUAGUUAAUGCGGGCGCAACGCUCGACCAGGACCUGGAGCUGGAGCGUCCGGGAGCACUGGCACCCUCCGGUCCCGGCGAUAACGUCAGCGAAGAUAUGGCGAAGAUUCCGCGAGUCCCCGGUGAUGGUGCUCAGGCACCGGAAGCACCGAACACGGAUUCCGACCGCACACCGCGGCUCUAUCGCCAGGCAGCUUCGGAGGAGACCGGCGAACCACCGGAACCGUGGCAAACGGCCGCCGCCACCACCACCACCAGCAUACGAUGUGAUCGGUUCCCUUCGCUACCCCUGACCGGGCUACGGUUAGCCUCGCAAUCCAACGGGACGCCACCGAAGAUGGUCGAAAACGGUGGCAGUGACCUCAGUGCAGGCAAACAGCUGGACGAUGAUGGGGAACAGCAACCGAACGGUGUAACGUCACCUACCUUCACCAUCCAGCAGUGUGGCAGUGAUGCUGGUGAAGGGAAAGGAGGUGAUCCACUACCACCACCACCGCCCGGUGGAGGAAACGAAGUGGCGAUCGAAGAGCACCAGGAAGCCGAAUGUCGGAUCGUCAGUACGGGUGCAGGCGGAAACGGGAAUCUUCCUCCGAACGGUCACAAUCAACCGCACACCAACAACACCUACUCGGCCUUCAAACGGGGCAACGUGGUCAAGGGCAUCCUGUGCCCAUCGAUGACCAACUCCUUCCGGGCCCCUUCGCUAGAGCGAUCCUAUCUGACGUACUCACACCGGCAACGUCAAAAGUCUCUGAUCCUCGUGAACGUGGUCGAUCUCGUGCUAAAGGUAGUCCUUGCCUCCGUAUGGAUCGGAUUCAAUCGGAACAUGACAAUCAAGGCACACGAGGUGACCUGGUCGGUUUGUUGUAUCAUCUCAAACUUCCUCAUCUGUGUCCUGGGCAGCUGGCGGCUGUUCGCCAACAACUAUCUGCACUGGGCCGCCGUCUGCACCUGGUUGCUGCUCAAUCUGCAAGGAUUUCUCGGCGAGGGGUUGGGCUUUGCUGAGCGCGAGUAUCUGAUCUGGUACGUGCUGUUCAUCAUCUUUGUACCGUAUGCGAUGCUGCCACUACCGCUGAAGUGGUGCAUGAUCGCCGGCUCCAUGACGGCUGUUUGCCAUCUGCUGGUGACAUCGUUGAACAAGUUUCUCCAUGACAAGGAUCCCAGCUGCAUCGUGCGGCAGAUGAUUGCUAACCUACUGCUCUACCUAGCCAUUAACUUUGCCGGGAUGUACACGAAAUAUCUAACCGACCGUGGCCAACGGUUAGCCUUCAUCGAGACGCACAAAGCCAUGGAGCACAAGCGAGAAUCGGAGAAAGAGUACCAGCGCACCCAGCGGUUACUAGAUUCAAUCCUACCGAUGUUCGUGAACAAUGAUAUCCGGAAGGAGAUGUACAAAUCGCCGGAACAGCCGCAGGUUGAUACGCAGUUUAAAAAGCUCUACAUCUACCAUAUGGACAACGUGAGCAUACUGUUCGCUGACAUCAAGGGCUUCACCGAGCUGGCAAGCAAAACGUCGGCCCAGCAGCUGGUCAAGAUACUGAACGAUCUGUUUGCGCGUUUCGACAAAAUUGCCGAGGAUAACCACUGUUUGCGGAUCAAGCUGCUCGGUGAUUGUUACUACUGUGUGUCAAUGUUUGAUAGCCAGAGCUGGAAGAGCCGUCCGGAUCAUGCUGUGUGCAGCGUCGAGACGGGAUUGCACAUGAUCAAAGCCAUCAAGGAUGUUCGCUGUCAGACGAAUGUCGAGCUCGACAUGCGGAUCGGCAUCCACAGUGGCUCGGUGAUGUGCGGUGUGCUGGGUGAGAAGAAGUGGCACUUUGAUGUUUGGUCCAAUGAUGUGGUCAUUGCGAACCACAUGGAGUCGGGUGGUGUGCCCGGGCGCGUACACAUCUCGGAGGCAACGCUCAAGUGUUUGAACGAUACGUACGAGGUGGAGCCAGGGAAUGGUGGUAGCCGCGAUAGCCACCUGAAGAUGAUGAACAUCAAAACGUUUCUCAUCAAGCGAACUGAACCGUUGCGCUCCCGGAAACGGUUAACCGAUCGCCAGAACACGGUGCAGUUUGAGAAGGAAACGAUGGCCCGUUGGGGUGAGUCACGGUUCCGGAAAGAUUCGAAAACACCGAGCGUUACGUCGAACAGCACCAACACGACGGCAACUACCGUUACGGGUUCAUCGGCAGCCAGUCAGCAGCCAUGCGGUGGUGGACAGCCAGUGACCGCCGCCGCCACCACCAACCACCAGAACAAUAACAACAACAACAACAACAACAACAACAGCAUCAACCAUAUCACGAAGCGAACCAGCAAAUCGACGAUCCACGAGGACGAACCGACCACCGACUGGACACCGGAGAUCCCGUUCCGCAAUCUCAACGAGUGCGGUGCCGCGAAUGGAGCGGAAGGAUCGGGCCAGUACGCCGGUGGUGACGGGAGAGAGGAUCGUAUGACAGCGACGGAGGAGGUGGACGAGAUGAUCGAUCAAAGCAUCCAGAUCAACUCGAACAAACAGAUCCGCCAGGAGUAUCUGUACACGUGGACGCUCAAGUUCAAGGACUCUUCGCAGGAGGGUACCUUCUGUCAGCUACGGGAAGAUAUGUUCCGCUCGAACAUGCUUUGCGUGUUCGUGGUGUGGAUCUUUAUCGUACUGUGUCAGGCGGUCAUCAUACCACGUUGUACCAUUUUGAUCGUCACUCUCUCGAUUACCACCUUUCUGUUGACGGUCGGUUGUAUUCUCGUGAUGGCUGAAGAGUUUUCCGGGUUGCCCAAGUUCCUGCAGCGUAGCUCGUCCACUCUCGUGCACGAUCGCAGCCGACGGACGAUCUUCGUUUGUUUGACCAUCAUUCUCAUGUCGAUCGCCAGCUCGAUGGGUUUGAUGAUGUGCGAUUUGGAUGAGGUCGAGAUAUUGCAGGAUGAUGGUGGCCUCUCGACGACCACCGAAACACCGGUCCUAUCGUACUGGGAACCAAGCAAUCUCUACCAGGCCAACAGCACCACGAUGACCUUUCUCCGAGGUGCCCUCGGUAGUUUGCUGGCUGACGGUGAAGCGUUAGCCAACGGUACGCUGGAAGAUGAAGAAGAUCAUUCGAAUGCGGCAAACGGAACCGACGGAACCGAGCGCCAGCUACUGAACGAAUACCGAUCCCAACGGGUCAGCACACUGGGGCACCACGCCAGUCCGACCUGUGUCCACCCGGAGUAUGUGGUGUUCACCUGGGUACUUUGUCUGAUCUCACUCGCUACGGCCCUGAAGCUGUACUAUCUGGUGAAAACGUUCAUGGCGAUCGCCAUGGUUGCCUGUUACUCGUUUCUCAUCCUGCUCGUGUUUGAGCAGGUCUUCGAUUCGUACGACCUCCAGUACAUGCAGGUCAGCGGUAUGCCCCUGGCGGCCCAGAUGAUGAUACUGUUGGGUGUGUUCCUCACGAUGGUCACGUAUCAUGCGCGGCUCGUCGAGGUCACGUCGCGGCUUGAUUUCAUCUGGAAGGAGCAGGCCGAGAAGGAGCUGUCGAACAUGAAAUCGAACCGCCAUCUGAACGAUCUGCUCAUCAAAAACAUACUGCCCGAUCACGUGGCAACGUACUAUCUGUCCGGGGAGCGAUCGGACGAACUGUACGCCAAGAUGCACGAACUGUGCGGUGUGAUGUUCGCCUCGAUACCGAACUUUAAGGACUUUUACUCGGAGGACAUCGAGAACGGGAAGGCCUGCAUCCGGAUACUGAACGAGAUCAUCUCGGAUUUCGAUUCGCUGCUCGAGGAGCCACGGUUCGAGAAGGUGGAAAAGAUUAAAACCGUCGGUGCCACCUAUAUGGCCGCCUCGAACCUGUGUACCACGAAGAAGACACACGUGGAUGAGACGGACGAGGAUGCGGUCUGUGAUUUGGUCGAGUUUGCGUUGGCGAUGCGCCAGAAGCUGCAGGAGGUAAACAAGGAUGCGUUUAAUUCGUUUCAACUGCGCGUUGGCAUCAGUAGUGGACCGCUGGUGAGUGGUGUGAUAGGAGCACGGAAACCGGUCUAUGACAUCUGGGGCAAUACGGUCAAUGUGGCAUCCCGUAUGGACUCGACCGGUGAGAACUGGAAGGUGCAGGUGCCCGACUAUACAGCGGCACUAUUGCAAACCAAGGGCUACACUUGUGUGCAACGCGGCGAAGUGAACGUCAAGGGUAAGGGCAUGAUGCUGACGUACUGGGUGCUGGGUAAGAACGUUUCGGCCAGUCAAUUAACCUCACCGGCCCUCGUGCCGGCCGGUGUGCCCCAGGCCCAGACGCCCUCGCUGCAGCGCCAAACCUCGCAGCACAGUUCGCUGGCCGCGGUCGUCUUCGGUAUGAUGCAGGCCUCGAAGCGAAGCAAUCUGAACACAACGCCAACCGCAACGCCGUCUCCGAAAACCCGAUUCGGGCGACGGGGAAGCACAUUCAGCUCAGUGAGAUUGAAUCAGAGAGCCCCGUCUAACAAUCCGGUACGCCGGAACACGACGCGCGUACGAGGACGCAGCUACACCAUGAAACGGUAUCCGAUAGCGACGUCACCGACAAGUUCACCGAUGCCCCCGAAUAGCGGUGGUGGCCUCGGCGAGACACCUCGAAUUCCAUCCUUCCGGCAGCUGCAUCAGGACGCAUCCCAAUCCCACCAUCAGACAGGGCUCUGAAGGAAUCCCGAGCCGAUCAACGGAAACGGCUUGCCUCGCAUUGGUGUUUGUUUGUGAGGAAUGGAACCCUCAGACCAACCAUGUUCUCUAGUCAUUCUAGUCCAAAGCAACUAUUUUGAACGGUCGGUUAAGUGUGGGAAACCGCAGCAAUUGUGCCAACGAGCACGUGUACCCGUGCAGCACUGCAGGACAAAGAUAAUUCUAAGCCACAACGCAUCGAUAGGAGCAGCAUCUCCUCUCCUUCUUCCCUUCCCUUUCUAUCAACUGGCACUAGGACAGUUACUGUGAACAUUAGCAACUGUGGGAGUUAGUUUGUAGCUUAGUCAUUCCUGUAGCUCCGGAUUUCUUCCGGUAUCUCCGGUCAAACUGAAACUGUGCGAAGCUCUGGACGCGUGAAUGUGAUUUUAUUUUUAGCAAAGCAAGGACACCGGGCAAGGGAAUGUAACGGGUUUAGUGUAGGAGAGAGCGAACAGAACCCUCUAGUUAGGUUAGGCGCCAUGAUGGUGGCUUGAGUUUGGAGACGUUUUGUAUGCUUCUUCAUGAUUCGUAGGUUGAUCGGUUCUGUGCACCUUUCUGCUGUGCCACUGAACUGACACCAUCAUCGUAUCGACAGUGCGGUUGUCCAAUAAACCAUGA